AUGGGGGCAACUAAGAGCAAGCCCAAAGAUCUAAGCCAGCAGUCCCGCAGUCAUGACAGUACAGUUGGCAUCGGCAGCGGAGGCAUCACCACUGGUGGGAAUCAGCUCGGCUCAUACCAUCAUAGCCUCACCUCUGGCCGGAACCCGACAGUGAACGGCACCCGACUCGGCGCCCAGGCAACCAACAAUGCUGAGCUGCCACUUUUUGGAGGAGUGGAGUCCAUGAACAGCCUUAACUCACCUCACCAUAGCAUACUAACAGCAGGAGGUGUGACUACGUUUGUGGCAUUGUAUGACUAUGAGUCACGCACCGCCUCUGAUCUGUCAUUCAGAAAAGGAGAACGACUUCAGAUAGUCAACAACACGGAAGGGGAUUGGUGGCUGGCCUGCUCGUUGACUACAGGACAGAGUGGCUACAUCCCCAGCAACUAUGUCGCCCCCUCCGACUCCAUUCAGGCAGAAGAGUGGUACUUUGGUAAGAUCACUCGUAGAGACUCUGAAAGGCUGCUGUUAAGUCUUGAGAACAGAAGGGGAACGUUCCUGCUCAGAGAAAGUGAGACUACCAAAGGUGCCUACUGUCUGUCCGUCCUAGACUACGACAAUGUUAAAGGGCUAAAUGUGAAGCAUUACAAAAUCAGGAAGCUGGACAGUGGAGGAUUCUACAUCACAUCUCGCACACAAUUUAGUAACCUGCAGCAGCUGGUCAGCCACUACCGCAAUCAUGCCGAUGGUCUGUGCUACUGCCUGACAGAUGUUUGUCCGGUACUGAAGCCACAGACUCAGGGUUUGGCCCGGGAUGCUUGGGAAAUCCCACGUGAAUCUUUGAGGCUGGAUGUGAAACUGGGACAGGGCUGCUUUGGAGAGGUCUGGAUGGGCACUUGGAAUGGGACGACACGUGUGGCCAUUAAAACCCUAAAGACGGGCACCAUGUCCCCAGAAGCCUUCCUGCAAGAAGCUCAGGUCAUGAAGAAACUGCGACAUGAAAAACUGGUGCAGCUGUAUGCCGUGGUAUCUGAAGAGCCGAUCUACAUCGUCACUGAGUAUAUGAGCAAAGGAAGUCUCCUAGAUUUCUUGAAAGGGGAAACAGGGAAGAUGCUGCGACUUCCCCAGCUUGUAGAUAUGGCCUCUCAGAUCGCCUCUGGCAUGGCGUAUGUAGAAAGAAUGAACUACGUGCACCGAGACCUCAGGGCCGCCAACAUUCUGGUAGGAGAGAACCUGGUGUGCAAGGUGGCGGAUUUUGGCCUGGCUCGCCUCAUAGAGGACAAUGAAUACACUGCCAGACAGGGGGCAAAGUUUCCUAUUAAAUGGACUGCUCCAGAGGCGGCUCUGUACGGUCGAUUCACCAUCAAAUCUGAUGUCUGGUCAUUUGGGGUUUUACUGACCGAGCUGGCAACCAAGGGCAGGGUGCCAUAUCCAGGUAUGGUGAAUCGUGAAGUGCUGGACCAGGUGGACCGCGGCUACCGGAUGCCAUGCCCGGCUGAGUGCCCCGAGUCUAUGCACGAACUCAUGCUCACCUGCUGGAGGAAGGAACCAGAGGAGCGGCCUACUUUUGAAUAUCUCCAAGGCUUCUUAGAAGAUUAUUUUACCUCCACUGAGCCACAGUACCAGCCAGGAGAAAAUCUUUAAAGGAGUUCCAGUAUAACAGAUUCUACUGGGUGGAGAAUUGAGCUGGGGGCAUUAUGUUCUCAGCUCCUUAAGAAGAGUCAAUCAGACAUUUCAUGUGAGGGGGAAAUAAUCAGUACUUCACUUAUAGUGAAGUUAUACGUUAUUAUGGAGCAAGGACGGGGAGUAUCGGGGACCAUGCCGAGCUGUGGUGCUAUAGACAAUUUGCAAGCACAGCAAAAUGAGAACCUCUGCCUUUGGUUGUUUUGAGUAAUUAAAGGUAGGACUUUAUAGAAAUGAGAUAAUGACUGAGUCUGAGUGGGUAAAGAAACGAUGUUAUGUAAUAGAUCACUGUGGUACAUUCAAGGUACAAUCACUUCAUCCUAUACAGUGCCUAAAGCAAAAAUCAACCU